UCCAAGAAUAUGGAAUCUAAAGUCUCUGAAGGUGGUCUGAAUGUAACUCUCACCAUCAGAUUAUUGAUGCAUGGAAAGGAAGUUGGAAGCAUCAUUGGGAAGAAAGGAGAGACAGUAAAAAAGAUGCGUGAGGAGAGUGGAGCACGAAUCAAUAUCUCAGAAGGAAACUGUCCAGAAAGGAUUGUGACCAUUACAGGCCCUACUGAUGCCAUCUUCAAAGCAUUUGCAAUGAUUGCUUAUAAAUUUGAAGAGGAUAUAAUCAACUCAAUGAGUAACAGCACAGCUACAAGUAAGCCACCAGUUACAUUAAGGUUGGUUGUACCAGCAAGCCAAUGUGGAUCAUUAAUAGGCAAAGGAGGCUCCAAGAUUAAAGAAAUCAGAGAGAGAAUGGCAGUGACCAUCUCAGGGACCCCCGAUGCAAUUAUCCAGUGUGUCAAACAGAUCUGUGUGGUGAUGCUGGAGUCCCCACCAAAAGGUGCCACCAUCCCCUAUCGCCCAAAGCCUGCCUCCACCCCUGUCAUUUUUGCAGGUGGUCAGGCCUAUACGAUUCAAGGACAAUAUGCAAUUCCACAUCCAGAUCAGUUGACCAAGCUCCACCAGUUGGCUAUGCAGCAAACCCCCUUUACUCCCCUUGGACAGACCACCCCUGCUUUCCCUGGAGAAAAGCUGCCCUUACAUUCCUCCGAAGAAGCUCAAAAUCUGAUGGGCCAAUCCUCAGGUUUGGAUGCCAAUCCCCCAGCCAGUACUCAUGAACUCACCAUUCCCAAUGAUUUAAUAGGCUGCAUAAUUGGACGCCAAGGGACCAAAAUUAAUGAAAUCAGGCAGAUGUCUGGAGCCCAGAUCAAAAUUGCCAAUGCCACAGAAGGCUCAUCAGAGCGUCAGAUCACCAUCACAGGAACCCCAGCUAACAUCAGCCUUGCUCAAUACCUCAUCAAUGCCAGGCUGACGUCUGAGGUCACUGGAAUGGGCGCACUCUAA